GAAAUUCAUCUCUCAUCCCGGAAAUCCUAGCCGUUUUGUCUACUCUCUCUCUCUCUCUCUCGCUUCUCUCCAACGGCUCUGAAAGAUCCGAGAGCUUUGCAGGGCUAAGCGAGAAAGAAAGAGGGAGAAUUCCCCAAACUCCUCUCUUCUUGCAUCCCAAAACCCUAGCUUUUCUUAUGCCCGCAUCUCUCAUGGAAGCACAGAAACUAGAUGCGCCUCUACCUCCUGCAAUGGCUACGGUUAAAAGAACCCGGCGCCGAGGAAGAGAUGUCAGUUCUCGCUAUAUGAUCCCACCAUCUCCACGCUCAGCCCCCUCAUCCCCCAUUCACCCUUCUUCCACCCCAUCAUCCUUCAGAAACCAAUUUCAUAAUCAGAUACCCCGAAUACCCUCUGUUCCUUCUUCCCCUGAUGCCUCCGAUUCAGAAUUCGAGACCUCCGCACAUUAUGCAGAUGAGAAUCAGCACAGCUUCAUCACUCCCCUUGCUCUAGGACUGCAGGGGAAGGCCCCAAAUACCCAAAAGAGGCGUGCGGUAAGACUUUUCUCUGACAAUGCCAGCGAUACCCCUCAGGCACAUUUUGUCCAACACCACACGAGCAGGCCUCCUACCAGGGUAGGGACUCCAAGACAAGUCAUUUGUAGUCAAACUCAGUUCAGAACAGCAAAGAAAACUGCAAACCAUGGACCCAAAUCAAAGGCUUUAAACCCUUUUUCCGGAUUGAUGGAUAGUUCUUCAAGGGAUUCUUGUUCUUUGGCUGAUUCAGGGACUCAGAGCUGCAGUAUUAGCAGUCUGGGAGGGUUAUGUGAUAGCCCGCCGAUUCGAAAUCAGGGUAGUUGCAGGGCACGGCAAGCUUCGGAACUCCGGUCAUCUGUGCCUGAGGGUGAUUUAUUGCCAGCUAGUUCAAGGAAACCAGCUGAAGCAGUGGAAUUGAUGCUCAGGCAUUCACUUAAUUCAAUUUGCCAGCCAAAUCUUUUCAAUCUUGCAAAGACAGUUAACAACAAGAGUUCAGUUCAAGAAAUGUGUAGUUUAGGAGGAGUUUUUUUGCCUCCACAACCCCCAAGCAAUAGAAAGGGGUUAGACCUGAAGAAGGGUAAGAAGGGUUUGAGCAGGAAGGAAGAUGUUCAUGUUCUUUCUCUUCUUCAUAAUCAAUAUCUACAAUGGAGGUUUGUGAAUGCAGCAGCCAAUGCAGCUGUUAAAGCAAGGUUCGGCACUGCAGAGAGAUCACUAUUUGAAGUUUCUAAAAACUUAGAAGAGUUGCGGGAUUCAGUUAGAGAGAAAAGAAUGGAGCUUGAGAGGCUGUUAAGAUUGAGAAGAUUGUCCAACAUUGUUGAUGCGGAGAUGCCAUAUCUGGAAGAGUGGGCCCUUGCUGAAGGAGAAUACUCUGAUUCGCUUUCUGGAACAAUAAUGGCAUUGAAGAAUGCUUCAAUUAGACUCCCAUUAAGUGAAGAUGUGAGGGUAGAUAUUAGAGAGCUCAAGGAAUCCAUUCACUCUGCAACUUGCAUGUUUGCGUCCUUCUUUCCCUCCAUUGAGAGAUUCUCGCCGAAGGCUGAUGGAGUAGCAAAAGGAAUGUCUGAGUUGGCAAAGGUAGUCAGCAGAGAAAAAGCUCUAAUUGAAGAGUGUGGAGGCCUCUUAUCUGAGGUUCAUACAUUGCAGGUUAAUGAAUGCAGCCUGAGAAGCAUGUUGAUGCAAACAAAAAGAAGCAGUAUAAUUUGAAGCUAUCAGUCAUUAAACACUGUAAUGUUAGCAGUAUAUUCAUUUGUUUUCAAGAAAUAACACGAUGGGAUGAGUACAUAGUAAGAUUCUACAUGUCUUGCAGGAUUAGUUUUUUCUUAGUGAUUUUAAUAAAAUCCUUAUAUUUUCAUCAUUUUGCACAUAAAAAAUGCUUAUAAUA